GCAACCCAACGUCAGCCAAGUGAGCUUGUGUUUUCAGCCAUCAUCUCUCUGCUAUUUAAGGCGCCCAUUUGCCCAGUUUCCCCGCUUCGAGGCUGUCACUGUACAGCAUCACUAUUCCCCGCAGCCAUGCUCACCGGUGCCUUCUCUGCGCUUUGUUUCGCCAGUGCCAUUUCUGCCCUCUACGUUGACGGCAAUGUUACAGCCCCAUGUGACUCUCCUAUCUAUUGCCAUGGCGACAUCCUUAACGCAAUUGAGUUGGCCCGGCCGUUUUCAGACUCGAAGACAUUCGUUGACUUGCCUACCAUUCGCCCUUUGGACGAGGUUAUAGAUGCAUUCAACAACCUGACAAAGCCAGUGACCAAUGGCACCGAGCUGCAUAAUUUUUUGUCCACCUAUUUUGGCCAAGCUGGAUCGGAAUUGGUCGAGGUCCCAGAAGAACAGCUUCGUACGAAUGCUACGUUUCUCGAUUCGGUUGCCGACCCGGACGUCAAGGAUUUUGUAAGGCAGGUAAUCGACAUCUGGCCCGACUUGACCCGAUCAUACGUAGGAGCAGGCAAUUGCUCUGGAUGCGUUGACUCCUUCAUCCCGUUAAACCGCACAUUUGUUGUCGCGGGGGGUCGCUUCCGCGAACCCUACUACUGGGAUUCUUUCUGGAUUAUCGAAGGCCUCUUGCGCACUAAAGGAUCCUUUACAGAAAUCGCAGGCAACAUCAUUGAGAACUUCCUGGACCUGGUAGAAUUAUAUGGGAUCGUCCCCAAUGGAGCCCGGCUCUAUUACCUAAACAGAUCACAACCACCUUUGCUAACGCAGAUGGUCAAGACUUACAUCGAGUAUACUAGGAACUCGACCAUUCUUGAGCGUGCCAUCCCGAUCCUGGAGAAAGAAUACGAGUUCUGGACUAAUAACCGGACGGUGAGCAUCCAAACAGCUAACAAGACCUACGCACUCAACCAUUACGCUGUUCGGAAUACUCAACCCCGGCCGGAGUCAUACUUGGAGGACUACCAGACGGUCAACAACCGGUCUUAUUAUGCCGAGAAUGGUGUCAUUUACCCGGGGAAAGACCUCGACGAUGCAGCCAAGGCAACCCUCUAUGCGAACCUGGCAACUGGCGCGGAGUCUGGGUGGGACUAUUGCAGCAGAUGGCUUGCAAAUCCCGCUGAUGCCGCAGACGACAACUACUUUCCUUUGCGCAGCCUCAACACAAUGAACAUUGUGCCUGUGGAGUUGAAUUCUAUCCUAUACGGGAAUGAGGUCGCAAUGGCCGAAUUUUAUAACCAGACAGGAAACAACACAGCCGCGGCUUUGUGGGCUGAGAGAGCGGCGAACCGCAGCCAAGCAAUGUAUGAGUUGAUGUGGAACGAGACGCACUACAGCUACUUCGAUUAUAAUCUCACCUCGAAUGGCCAGAACGUCUUCAUCCUUGCUGAUAAGAAUGCGACAUACGCAGAAACCACCGGCGCUGGGGCACCAACCGGCUACCAACUUGCCUUUAAUAUAGCGCAGUAUUAUCCAUUCUGGACUGGGGCAGCACCAUCAUCGCUUAAGGACAACCCCCUCGCUGUUCACAAGGCCUAUACGCGCGUCGGAGACCUUCUCGAGCACAAACCGGGAGCCAUCGCCGCGACGAAUCUGGAAACGGGUGAACAAUGGGACCAACCCAAUGUGUGGCCGCACCUCGAGUACAUAUUGAUCAAGGGGCUCCUUAACGUACCGCCCACGUUCGGCACGCAGGACGUCGAGUAUGCCUGGACACGGCAGACGGCGCUUCAGCUGGCGCAGAGGUACCUUGACUCGAGCUUUUGCACGUGGCGGGCAACUGGCGGGGCAACGGCGUCGAUGUCACGGAUUGCCGGGGCUGAGGCGGAAGGCAUCAUGUUCGAGAAGUACGCCGAUUACGACAUCAACGCGGCGGGUGGCGGAGGGGAGUACGCAGUGGUUGAAGGGUUUGGGUGGAGCAAUGGGGUGCUUAUCUGGGCGGCAGAUGUGUUUGGUGAGGAGUUGGUCUUGCCCGAGUGCGGGAACGUGACGGCGGCGGAUAUUGAUGAAGAUGCGGGGAUGCGGCGUCGGAGCUUGAGAAACGUUGUUAGCGAGCAGGAUCGUCGGUGGACUAAGCAGUUUGCGAGACAGAAGUAGAGUAGAAGUCAAUGUAUUAGUUCGGAGUAGAGAACCAGACGCAUGUCGACGCCGG